GGAUGAGCUCUUAUCCUGAGCUGAGGCCCGGCGCUGGCUCAUUCCACAGUGCACGCUGGACUGUGUGGCUGGGAACGACUCCUCCACUUUUCUCUCUGCGGAUACUAGGAACACGUCUCUGAUCCCCCCCUUUCUUCUCCCCAUCAUCUGUAAGUAGCCUCAGUGUUGAGACAACUUCCGGGUCAAGAUGGCGACCUCUUUCACACGCAUGAUGUCUGGCCGUAACACGGCCGUGGUUUUGGCCAGCAUUGGAGCAUCCACACUGGCCACUGGGUACUUGAUGACCGACUCCGGCAUCACUGCUCAGGAGAGGAUGAAGAUGUACCCUCCCAGUGCUGACUUCCCAGACCUGCGCAAACACAACAACUGCAUGGCUGCUGCUCUGACCCCUGGGAUUUAUGGACGACUGAGAGACAAGGUUACCCCAAAUAACUGGACAUUGGAUCAGUGCAUCCAGACUGGGGUGGACAACCCUGGGCAUCCCUUCAUCAAGACUGUGGGCAUGGUGGCUGGAGACGAGGAGAGCUAUGAGGUGUUUGGUGAGCUGUUUGAUCCAGUCAUCAAGGACAGGCACAAUGGCUAUGACCCCCGGACAAUGAAGCACCCCACUGACCUGGAUGCUUCAAAGAUCACUAACGGCAUGUUCGAUGACCGCUACGUCCUCUCCUCCCGCGUGCGCACGGGCCGCAGCAUCCGCGGCCUGAGCCUGCCCCCCUGCUGCUCCCGCUCCGAGCGCCGUGAGGUGGAGCGUGUGACCGUCAUGGCACUUGCCGGCCUCAAGGGUGACCUGGCUGGGCGCUACUACAGCCUGUCUUCUAUGACUGAACAGGAGCAGCAGAGGCUCAUCGAUGACCACUUCCUGUUUGACAAACCUGUGUCCCCGCUGCUGACUUGUGCAGGGAUGGCUCGUGACUGGCCAGAUGCCAGGGGAAUCUGGCACAACAAUGAGAAGACAUUCUUGAUCUGGGUCAAUGAGGAGGACCACACCCGUGUCAUCUCCAUGGAGAAGGGUGGCAACAUGAAGAGGGUGUUCGAGAGGUUCUGCAAAGGCCUCAAAGAGGUGGAGAGGCUGAUUCAGGAGAGAGGCUGGGAGUUCAUGUGGAACGAGCGCCUCGGCUACAUCCUGACCUGCCCCUCUAACCUGGGCACUGGACUCAGAGCCGGCGUUCACGUCCGCCUGCCCAACCUCAGCAAGGAUGCACGCUUCUCCAAGAUCCUGGAUAACCUGCGACUACAGAAGAGAGGCACAGGUGGUGUGGACACCGCCGCCACUGGUGACACUUUUGACAUUUCUAACCUGGACCGUCUGGGCAAGUCUGAGGUGGAGCUUGUUCAGCUGGUGGUUGAUGGCGUCAACUACCUGAUUGAGUGCGAGAAGAGACUGGAGAGAGGUCAGGACAUCAAAGUGCCCGCCCCGCUUGUCCAGUUCAGGAAAUGAGUGGAGCAUGUAAAUCUCUGAGCUGUGAGGCUACAGGACAGGUCCUCCUCCACUCACUGCAAUACUAAAGGUCUUACUUGAACUAUAGACUCAAUAAACUAUUCUAAUAAAAAAUAAAAA